AUGUCGACAACAACAACAUCAUCAUUUGUUUAUCCAAAAUUAGAUUUAAAGGUACCAGUACCAUCAGAUAUCGAUGUUGCAUCGGCAGCCAUACCAAUGCCAAUCUCAGAGAUAGCCAGUCACAUUGGUAUCAGAGAAGAUGAAAUCGACUAUUACGGUCGUUAUAAAGCGAAGGGUGGCGCUGCCGGCGGUGGCUACAGCCAGGUCAUCCCCAUGGAGGAGUUCAACCUGCACUUGACCGGUGACAUCCACGCCAUCACCGCCGCCAACAACUUGCUCGCCGCCGCUAUAGACGCGCGUAUUCUCCACGAGAACACUCAGACCGACGAGCAGCUCUUCAAGCGUUUGUGUCCGGUCGCCAAAGACGGCUCGACUCGUUUCGCACCAGUAAUGCUCCGUCGUCUCAGCAAGCUGGGCAUCACCGCCAACACACCGGCCGACAUGACCGCUGAGGAGAUCUCCAAGUUUGUUCGUCUCGAUUUCGAUCUCUCCACUAUCACUUGGAAUCGUGUUCUCGACACCAACGACCGUUUCCUGCGUGGCAUCACCAUUGGCCAGGGCAAAGAGGAAGAGCGUUUCCAGAGAAAGACAAACUUUGAUAUUAGUGUUGCCUCUGAGAUUAUGGCUGUCCUAGCGCUGGCCACGGAUUUGGCCGAUAUGAGAGAGCGUCUUGGUCGCAUGGUGGUCGGUGCCAGCAAGGCUGGUAUGCCAAUUACCGCCGACGACCUCGGUGUCGGUGGAGCGCUCACCGUCUUGAUGAAAGAUGCCAUCAUGCCAACUCUCAUGCAAACACUCGAGGGAACACCGGUUCUUGUUCACGCCGGUCCAUUCGCCAACAUCGCUCACGGUAACUCGUCGAUCAUUGCCGAUCGUAUCGCCUUGAAGCUCGCCGGUUCCGAAGGUUUCGUUGUCACCGAGGCUGGAUUCGGUGCUGACAUUGGUGCCGAGAAGUUCUUUGACAUCAAGUGCAGAACCUCUGGAUUGAAGCCAGACUGCGCAGUUAUCGUUGCCACUAUCCGUGCGCUAAAGAUGCACGGUGGUGGUCCAAAAGUAGUUGCCGGAACACCACUUGCCUCUGCCUACACCGACGAGAAUCUCGAGCUGCUCGGCAACGGUUUGGCCAAUCUCGAACUACACAUUCAGAAUCUCGCAAAGUUCGGUAUCCCCGUUGUGGUUGCCGUCAAUCGUUUCACCUCGGACACCAACGCCGAGGUGGAGCUUGUCGAACAACGUGCCAAGGCAGCCGGUGCAUUCGCAGCGGUCAUGUGUAACCACUGGGCACAAGGAGGUGAAGGUGCCGUCGCUCUCGGUCAAGCGGUCAUCCAGGCGUGCAAUGAGCAGCCAGCCGACUUCCGUUACCUCUACCCAUUGGAUUUGUCGAUCAAAGAGAAGAUCGAAACCAUCGCCAAGCAAAUCUACGGUGCCGACGGUGUAGAUCACGACGCCGAGCGCAAAGGAGUACCCAAAGGUUUCAUCCUCCCGAUCAGAGAUGUUCGUGCCAGUAUCGGUGCCGGAUUCAUCUACCCGCUGGUCGGAACGAUGGCAACCAUUCCAGGUUUACCAACACGUCCAUGUUUCUAUGAAAUCGAUAUCGACGUAAAAACUGGAAAAGUAAUUGGAUUAAGUUAA